UACCGUCCAAGAGCGCCUCGUUUAGCCUGUAAUUUGCUCAAACACCAGCAAGCUCUCGUGCCAGAAACAUCCGUCAGAGCCGCGGAGCUCUGGCUUGUCGGAGUCUCGAGUACGCGCCAAACGGUCCUUGGGCUCCAGUUUCCGUCACGUUUUUCGUUUACCUUUUUUUUUUUCAAUCUCGAGGAGCCUCUGCGUAUUCGAGCAAUCGCGUGACGCGCGGUGAACCUCGAUGGAGAGACGCGGUCGCGCGGUGCCAGUGAGUGACGCGAGAAUCGGCUGACUGUGUCGCGGUAUCGCGUGGGUGACGACAUCACCACGACGCUCGGGGAUCAUCGUGGACUUGGUGAUCCCUAGGUGACAAUUCCGCGCGAGCGAGGUGAACGAUGAGUAGCGGUGAUCGUAGUGCUGGGAACCGACUAGUGAUCCAGAGAUACGCGGCGAGAUCGUUGGACAUGGUGCUCUAUCAGUAAUCUCGAGAGGAGAGAAAGCUGAUACGAGAAUACGACACGACCGUGACGGUAUCCGAGACCAGGAGUUAUCAGUGUGUUCGAGAGUGAGUUCCGAGUGUUCGCGGGAGAUAACCUCGGCGCGUCGAGGUCGGCCAGGCUACAGAGGUCUCGGUCCGUCGAAGUAGGCCUGCGUCUAGGUGGUCGCAGGGAUGCGGCGGACUUGACUCGAGCCAACUGCGACAAGUCCGGUCCGUCCUGCCCAAUUGGGAGAAUCCGUGAGCCAAGCGUACGAUAAUCGUACGAUGAUGCCGCUCGCGCCGACGCCAAUCGUUCCGGUGCCCUCGAAGCCGAAGAUCGGCUUCAGCAUCGACUCGAUCGUCGGCGGCGGUGGACAGGGUCGCGAGGACCGAUUGGACCGGCUGGAACGCGUCGAGAUCGAGAGGGACGAUGGGAGCCCGAUGGACGUGGAAGGGUCCUCGUCGCCACGGAGUCGUCGGGUCACCGCGAGAUCGCCGGGUGCUCAUUCGGAGGGCUCCGACCGGCCCGUGUCGCGGAGCUCCUCCGUCGAGUCGUACCCCAACUCGCGGAGGACCCCCUCGCACCCUGGGAGCCUGCAUCACCAUCACGCGAACCAUCACGGCCAUCAUCAUCACCUGUCCGCCGCGACGCACUUGGACUUUGGUCGGACGACCGUCCACAGCCACAGCGGCGGGUCCACUCCCAACAACAGCCCGAGUCCGCCUCACAGGAUAUCCCACGGCGACUCUCCCGUCGGUGCCCAUCCCCAGCCGCCGCCAGGAGUCGUCAGACCGAGUCCCAACUAUCUAGCGCCGCCACCAGGUGCGGCCACCGCGGCCGCAGUCGCCGCCGAACAGUUGAAGUCCCUCUAUGGGCUGCCUGGACACGGGCCCACCGGGCCCCAAACGGGCCAAAACGAGUAUCACACCCAACAGUUGGCCCUGGCUGCGAAUUUGGCCGCGGCCCAGCACUUCCAAGCGGCGAACCUCGCCGUGGCCCUUCAGGCGCACCACGGAGCGUCGCCGCAUGGCCCGCCGCACGGACCCUAUCCUCACGGCGGUGCAGCUCCAGGUGGACCUCAUCCUCCGCCUCAUCCUCAUCAACCACCCAGAGACAGUUACCCGCUCUACCCAUGGCUGCUCUCCAGGCACGGACGGAUCUUCCCUCACAGAUUUCCCGGAGGCCCAGACAUACCAGGGUUCCUCCUGCAGCCGUUCAGGAAACCGAAGAGAAUAAGGACAGCCUUCAGUCCCAGCCAAUUGCUGAAGCUCGAGCACGCAUUUGAGAAAAAUCACUACGUGGUCGGCGCUGAAAGGAAGCAGCUGGCGCAGGCGCUCUCGCUGACGGAAACACAGAAGACGUAA